AUGGGCUCAAUCGCAGUAACCGAUGCUUUGUUCGAACCCACUCGCUUGGGAAGUCUUUCCCUCAAGCAUCGUGUCGUUUUGGCGCCAUGCACACGACUGAGAGCAACCAAAGAGUCAGAGGGCGUCUACGUUCCGAACGACCUCAAUGUUGAAUAUUAUUCCCAAAGAGCCUCAGAAGGAGGAUUCCUAUUGACAGAAGCCACUCCAAUCAGCAGAUAUGCUGCUGGAUACCCAGGAGCCGCAGGCAUUUUCACCGAAUCCCAGAUUGCAGGUUGGAAAAAGGUGACAGACGGUGUGCAUGCCAAGGGAGGAUACAUCUACUGUCAAUUGUGGCAUGUUGGCCGAGCCACUCUCUCGGAUUUCCUUGAGGGAAGGCAAGUUCUAGGUGCGAGUGAUAUCCCGAUCAGUGGCAACGCAUUCAAUGGCACGGAGUACGCAUCAUCUCCACCCAGAGCUAUGACUGCGGAGGAGAUCAAGGACACAGUGCAAGAAUAUGCCAGCGCCGCACAGCGGGCUCGUGAAGCCGGGUUUGAUGGAGUCGAGAUUCACGGUGCCAACGGAUAUUUGCUCGAUCAGUUCCUCCACGACAAUGUCAACACUCGCACGGAUGAAUAUGGCGGCACAAUCGAGAAGAGAUCCCGAAUCGUCCUGGAGGUCAUUCAAGCAGUCACUGCUGCCAUUGGUGCCGAUAGGGUGGGAAUUCGACUUUCUCCCUACAACUAUUUCCAGGAUACGCGCGACUCCAACCCCAGCGUCAACUGGCAGAAGCUGUGUUCGUUGAUCGCUGGACUUCCUGCAGAGUCUCGGCCCUCCUAUGUGCACAUGAUCGAGCCUCGCUUCGAUGAAGUUUUGGAGGAAGAUGCGAAGAUUGAUUCGCUUGCCUCCGAAAAACCAUCCCUGGAUAUGUUCCGCCCCACCUUGAAGAAGGGAGGCAUCUCGUUCCUUGCGGCUGGAAACUUCAACCCCGAUAACGCGGGUGGUAAACUGGCAACCGACGGCGCCGAUGCUAUUGUUUUCGGUCGCUACUUUAUCUCCAACCCGGAUUUGCCACGCCGCUUGAAAGAAGGCUUGCCCUUGACUCCGUAUGACCGCACCACAUUCUAUGGCGCCGAUCCCGCCGAGAAGGGAUACACCGAUUAUCCAUUCUACAAGAAUUAA